AUGACUCAGCUCCGAUACUCUCCUCUUACUGGCCACUAUCGCCAGUUCACCUCCACCCGUGAAAUUUCCAAUUUUACUCGCAAAUUUGCUUAUAAUACUUCCCCAAACGGGCUUUCCAUUUGCUCGUUAAAAUGUGCUGAAACUACACAAUCACCUAAUUUCCAUAUCCCUUGUGCUGGGGGUGGAGGUGAUAUUGGUUUUCGAGGAGGUAGUGGUGGUGGGGAUAGUGACAGUGGAGGUUGGGCUGAUGGUGGUGGAGAUUCGGAUGAUUCCAAGUCUUCAUUGGAUAGUUUUGGACCAGUUGGGGCUUUUCUAAAUGGUUGGAGGUCGAGGGUUGCCGCUGAUCCACAGUUCCCGUUCAAGGUUCUUAUGGAGGAGUUGGUUGGUGUUACUGCUUGUGUUAUUGGUGACAUGGCAUCACGUCCGAAUUUUGGUCUCAAUGAGCUUGAUUUCGUGUUUUCUACUCUUGUUGUUGGUUCGAUUCUGAAUUUUGUGCUCAUGUAUCUCCUAGCGCCAACUAUGGCUUCUUCGAGCGCAAGUCUUCCUGCAAUUUUUGCAAAUUGUCCUCCAAGCCACAUGUUUGAGCCAGGACCUUAUAGUAUGUUGAAUAGGUUAGGUACUUUUGUGUAUAAAGGAACUCUGUUUGCUGCUGUUGGAUUUGCGGCUGGACUUGUUGGAACUGCUAUUUCGAAUGGUUUGAUCAAGAUGAGGAAGAAGAUGGAUCCAAACUUUGAGACACCAAACAAGCCUCCGCCAACAGUUUUGAAUGCUGGUACUUGGGCAAUUCACAUGGGUCUUAGCAGUAAUUUGAGAUACCAAACUCUGAAUGGCGUUGAGUUUUUGCUAGCCAAGGGGCUUUCACCGGUCAUUUUCAAAUCCUCAGUCGUCGUUUUAAGAUGCUUGAACAAUGUUCUUGGAGGGAUGUCAUUCGUGAUUUUAGCCAGGUUAACUGGAUCGCAGAGCGUCGAUCAAGGGAGGGCAGACACUACUCAUGUCGAAUCUGCUGAAGCGAGGGAGAAACUGGUGAAUGAGGGUGAUGACUUGGGCAGUAGUGAAUCUACUUCCAAGUGA